AUUUCCAACUAUUACUUCUGUUCUACCUCAAAUCGUUGAUUGUGAGCGGAUCGUGAGCGUAGUGUGACCUGAACACUGAACACCCUAACACCUAACCGGUCUUAAUUCCUUCAGCGCUAUUUCGAAACAGACUAAUUUGAUGCGCCCUAAUUCGUGACAAAGCCAUAUUUGUUCGUGUCCGGAUAAAUGCCUUUUAAUGUUGUUAACAAUUUUAUUUGGUAUCCUGAUUUACUGAUUAUGAGAAAAAUUGUGUGUAACGCAAGCGUGUAAGUGUAAGAACAACUUAAGAAUCGAAUGUACUUUACUUUCACAUAAUCGUUUUCCAAAGAAUCGAUGUUUCAUAAUUAAUUUGUUUUUUUUUCUGGCAUAUAUGUCAUCGGUGUCAUCGACUGAUUAAUGGUUUUCUAUUUUUGUCAAAUUUUUACUACACAAUGGAUAAUAUAAUAUACAAUUAUACUACAUUAUAAUUGACAAUCUGUAAACUACCGAAAACGCAAAAUAUGUCGUUUCAACAACAAAGUACUAUUGGAGAUAUUUUACAUUUAAAUGUGGGUGGAAAGAGAUUUACAACUUCCAGACAAACCCUUUCUUUAAUCCCAGACACAUUUUUUACUGCUCUACUAAGUGGAAGAAUCUCUAGCCUAAAGGAUGAAAAGGGAGCAAUAUUUAUUGACAGAGACCCCAAAUUUUUUUCUGUGAUUUUAAAUUACCUACGUACAAGAGAAAUAGACUUACAAGGUAUAGAUAUACAUACUCUGAGACAUGAGGCUGAAUACUAUAACGUUGCUCCAUUGGUGAAAAGGCUUUUGUUAUGUGAAGAAUUAACUCAACCUACUUGUGGAGACGUUCUAUUCUAUGGCGCACUUCCUCCCCCUUGUAUUCCUGUACAAGAUCCAGGACAGAUAUUCCAGUCUACAGAAUCGAUUGCUAGAGUGGGCACUAGUCGACUUCCAGAGGGACAAGUAGAUCAUGGAGAAAAUAGUGAUACAAAUAAUGGAUCUAAUCAAAAUCACAACCAUCCAGCUUUACCAAAUAGACCACAUGGGCACUCAAGAAACUCUUCAUUGGAAUUAAGAUUGGGCGCAUCAGGUGGCUACAGCAGAAGUUCACAGGAUUUGCGAGGCUUAUCUGGUAGAUGUCAUUCUAGGGCAGCAUCAUUAGAUCUGAGACACACUAGAAAUUCUUCAGCUGAUCUGAAUAAGUUAAUAAGAAAUGAUGUUGGCUUGAUUUUUGGAGUGACUAGUACAUAUUGGGCUGAUCCUCUCAGAGUCCAGAUUAUAAAGGCUCAUCACAACUGGAUUGUGGUGGCUUAUGCACAUUUUGUUGUUUGUUAUAGAUUAAAAGAUUCCAGUGGUUGGCAGUUAGUAUUUACAAGUCCUUAUAUUGAAAGCCAAAUAGAACGGAUAGCAAUUAAUGCUAAGAUGGGUGCAUCAGAAACUUCAAAAAUGGUGGCUAUUUCAUAUGGCAGUCAAAUAAGAUUGUGGGGAAUUUCUGAUAUAGGUCAAAGAACUAAUGUUGGUAUUUUUAACUUAUAUGUAAGGGUUGAAUAUUUAUUUUUUAUUGGGAGUCAGUUAGUAGCACUGUCUCCUUCAGGAAAACUUGGUGUAUGGCAUGCUAUGACUCAACAAUGGCAGACACAAGAUGUUAUGCCUAUUGCAUCUUUUGAUACUGCAGGUUCCAUUUUAUUAUUAGGCUGCAACAAUGGUUGCAUUUAUUACAUAGAUAUGCAAAAGUUUCCUCUGAGAAUGAAGGAUAAUGAUCUAUUGGUAACUGAGCUAUACAGAGAUCCAAAUAAUGAACCUGUCACAUCAAUUUCAGUUUACCUUACCCCUAAAACUAACAUUUGUGGAAAUUGGAUUGAAAUAGCAUAUGGUACGACUUCUGGAGCUGUUAGAUUGAUAGUACAACAUCCUGAAACUGUUGGACAUGGACCACAGCUAUUUCAAACAUUUACUGUUCAUCAAAGUAAAGUAGUGAAAGUAACUUUAUCUGAGAAAUAUUUAGUGUCUGUAUGCUCCGAGUAUAACCAUGUUAGAAGUUGGAGAGUAACUAGAUUUAGAGGAAUGUUAUCCACUCAACCAGGAUCAACACCAGAAGCUUCCUUUAAAAUUAUAGCUCUGGAAACUAUAGAACCUUCUCCAACAAUCAAUUAUGGAGCAGCUGUUGAAUGUGGUCCAUUUGGAGAACAAGAUGAUGAACAAGUAUUUAUUCAGAAAGUAGUUCCAGAUUCUGAUCAAAUAUUUGUGAGACUAGCCAGUAAUGGCAAGAGAAUUUGUGUUAUAAAAUCGGUAGAUGGUAGCACAGUAACUGCAUUUUGUGUCCAUGAAUGUGAAGGUUCUAGUAGAAUGGGUUCUAGACCCAGAAGAUUUAUCUUCACUGGGCAUUCAAAUGGUUCCAUCCAAAUGUGGGAUCUUACAACUGCUUUAGAUCUUUCAUAUAAGACUGACAUAGAUCAAUCGCAUGGUGGUCCAACCACAGAUGAAUUGCUUUUGAUGUUGGACCAAUGUGAUAUUAGUAACAGCCUAAGUUCAACACCCUGUAUGUCUCCUUCUCCUUAUAUGGCUGCUGCCUUACGACUGAAAUCAAGUAAUGUAGCAUUUUUGAAUCAACAAUUACACCAGGACAACGAAAAGGCCACAAAUUCAUCUUGAUUACUAGAUUGAAUUGUUAAAAGUAAAACUAUUUUUAUAUUAUAUUUUUAACAUGUAGUUUAGUAAGUAUAUUUUGUCUUGCUUAUUGUUUUUUAUAAAAUGUAAGAUGAUUCAUUUUAAGCAAAGUUCCUUUUGUUAUAUUUGUUAAUGUUACUGCCAAGAACUGAAAAAUGCUUUAAAUAAGUAUAAAAUGCAUUUCUUGGUAACUACAAAGUGGGCUACAAAUGCAUGUAAUAUCAUGUUUGUAUAUUGUUUUUGUUUUUCAGUAUUAUAUUUACAGCACUGAAUUUUUUAAAUAAAUUUAUAUUUGUAUUUUUGAUUUACCUUUAUUUAGCAAGUACUUUUUUUGAUGUAAAACAUUUUUCUGUAUAUAUUUAUGUAUACAUAUUUAAUAUAAAGUUGCAGUUAUGUCACUAUCAAUUUAUGGUUAUGCUAGACAAGAAAAAUAAGUAGUGUACAUACACAGUAUUAGGAAUAACACCUACAAAAUUUUGUGAGUAGUUUCAGAGUACAAUUGUAAGAGAAUUUGCAUAAAGGUUUAAAAAUUCUCAGACUGGAUCUGACUGCCAAAGUAUCCUCUAAUAAAUUCACUCUUAUUCUAGCCAAAAAAUGGUUUUCAAAUAAAUCAUUAUACUUACCUGUAAGAAGUAAAAUUACAAUUUGAUUUUUAUAUCUUAG